AUGGGCUACGCCGACCCCUCGGCCAACCGGGAUUUACUCGGGAAUCGAACUUUGUUCUUCAUCUUCAUCUGCGCCUUUGCCGUGGUGACCUUGCUGCAACAAAUCCUAUAUGGCCGAAACUACAUCAGGAGAGGACUGCAGUUUAGCUGGCACAGUGGGGAGGAGAUGGCCAACUGGACCAACGGGCCCUCUAAUGUCACGGAAGACAGAGCAUUGCAGAGCAGCAGUGACACCAGCACCAGGUACUUUGAAUUUUAUGAGGGACCUUUCGAAUAUAACUCUACCAGAUGCCUGGAACUUCGCCAUGACAUUCUGGAGGUGAAGGUGCUGUCCAUGGUGAAGCAAUCAGAGCUGUUUGACAGGUGGAAGAGUCUCCAGAUGUGCAAAUGGGCGAUGAAUAUCUCAGAAGCCAACCAGUUCAAGUCCACUCUUUCCAGGUGCUGUAAUGCUCCUUCCUUUCUCUUCACCACCCAGAAAAACACCCCUCUGGGCACAAAGCUCAAGUAUGAGGUAGACACGAGUGGCAUCUACCAUAUCAACCAGGAAAUCUUCCGCAUGUUUCCCAAGGACAUGCCGUACAAUCGCUCUCAGUUUAAGAAGUGUGCAGUCGUGGGGAAUGGAGGCAUCCUGAAGAACAGCCGGUGUGGGAGAGAGAUUGAUAGUGCAGACUUUGUGUUCCGGUGUAAUCUACCCCCGAUCUCAGAGAAGUACACUGAGGACGUUGGGGCAAAGACUGAUGUUGUUACUGUGAACCCCAGCAUCAUAACAGAGAGGUUCCACAAGCUGGAGAAGUGGAGGCGACCUUUCUACCAGGUGUUGCAGGUCUACGAGAAUGCCUCGGUGCUUCUUCCAGCCUUCUACAACACCCGUAAUACCGAUGUCUCCAUCCGGGUCAAGUAUGUGCUGGAUGACUUUGAGUCCCCACAGGCGGUCUACUAUUUCCACCCUCAGUAUCUGAUCAACGUGUCCCGCUACUGGCUCAACCUUGGUGUGCGUGCCAAGCGCAUCAGUACAGGCCUCAUCCUGGUGACAGCGGCCCUGGAGCUCUGUGAGGAGGUUCACUUGUUUGGCUUCUGGGCCUUUCCCAUGAACCCCUCGGGACUCUUCAUCACCCACCACUACUAUGACAACGUGAAGCCUCGCCCUGGCUUCCAUGCCAUGCCAUCCGAGAUCUUUAACUUUCUCCACCUGCACAGCCGGGGCAUCCUCCGAGUCCACACAGGCACCUGCAAUUGCUGCUGA